AGUGUAAUAAAACGUAAAAGUGAAGUAUGUUUGGAUGACCCCCUAAAACCCAAAUAAUCACCAACCAUUUCUUCCCUCAAUCUCUCCCCAGCCAAACACUCCCUCUCCCACCAUGUCCUCCGCCACCGCGCACCACCAGACAUACUGGUGUCACGAAUGCGACAUGAGCGUCUCUCUCAUCACCACCACCGCUCCCACUCCUCUCUGCCCCUACUGCCGCAGCGACUUCAUCGAACAACUCGACGCCGAUCUCUCAAACCCUAGCUCAAUUGCCACUCCAAUUCACUCCAAUCCGAUCCCUCCCGAAACGAUUAUCAGUACCGGGAACAAUGGUGGUAUUAUCGAUGAGUCGUUUCCGUUCUCUUCGGUCACCGCGGAUGAUAAUUUUCUGCUGGACAGUCCUUAUCUCCACCGGCUUAUUCAUCAGCUGACGGAUGGGAAUUCUGGUGAGAUUAAUGUGGGGCCCUCGGGGUCGUGCCACAAUCCGACUGCCAAGUCAGCGAUUGAGGCGAUUCCGAGUAUUAAAAUAACUGAAUUGAUGAUUCAGUUGGAGACGGUUAUACUUUGUGCUGUUUGUAAGGAGCAGUUUGUUGUGGAUAAUGAGGCGAAGCAGCUUCCGUGUAACCAUAUUUAUCAUGAGGAGUGUAUACUGCCGUGGCUGAAAUCGCAUAAUUCGUGUCCGGUGUGUCGGUUUAAGAUGCCGAGUGAGAGUAGUAGUGGAUUGAGGGUGAGGAGGCGGAGGGAUAGGCUUGGGAACGGGAGGUUUGGGGAUUAUUUGGGGGAUGAUGAGUUUUAUGGGUUUGGGAGUACGUUGAGGCAUAUUGCGAGGAGGCAUAGGCUUGUGUUUCCGGUUUCGAGGAGGGAGAAUGGACUGGAGGUUGUGGAAGGGGACGAGGACUCUAUGUUGUUGUCGCCUACCAGAGUGGCUGAGGCGGAGAUUGGGGUUUUGGAUAGGGAGAAUAGUGUGGAGACUGUGUCAUCUGGAUGGCCGGCGUGGCCAUUGGAAGGAGAAGGGGGAGAUCAGGAGGUUGGUGCAAGUAGUAGAGGAAAUGAUGGUUCAGGGGCGGCGUUGUAAUGUUAUGAAAUUCAAGUCGCAGAUAAUAUUUUCCUAAAAAUCUAAGGUAUAUUGUAUAGUGGGUCAGAGGAUCAAGUGUUGCUGUCUCUAUUACCAUGAACUUGGCAACUGUAGAUCAAGUGGAUAAAAAGUGUGAAUCUGUUAUCUGUUAACCAGGUUCCGCUACCAUAGCCAAUAAGCUCAUGUCGGUUGCAUUUGUCUGUACUUAUUUAGACUUUUUCAUCCUCUUCAAGUGGACCAAAUAAAGAGAAUUCUGUGUUGCUCGA